AUGGCGGCCACCAAUGGCCAUACGAUCCCCAAGAUGACGUACAAACAUCCCUUGGACCAAUUGAGCGCCGAUGAGGUUAGCAUCGCUCGACAAGCAGUACUUGAUGCCCGCAAGGCCGCCAUCGUCUUCCGCAACAUCUUUACUGUUGAGCCAGCGAAAGCCGAGCUGAUCAAGUUUCUCGCCGCCGAGCAUGCCGGAAGCCUCUCAUCCGAUACUCCCCGACCUCCUCGCCAGGCCCGUGUCCAGUACGACGUGGUCUUCGAGGAUCGAAGCCAUGAGUACAUGGAAUCAGUGAUUGAUAUUGCCACGGGCAAGGAAGUCGAGCACAGGCGGGUGCCUCCAACUUCCCACCAAUCUCUGACAGUGGAUGAAUUUAGGCAGUUCAAUGAUGUGUGUGUGGAAUCAGAGAUGUUCAAGAAUGCCAUUAAAGAACUCAACCUUGACGAGAAGUUUGAGGUCGCUAUUGACCCAUGGCCUUACGGCGGUCCAGAUGUCGGAGAGGUCACCCCAAGGUACACUCAAGGUCUGUGCUUCGCCAAGCUACGGAAUGGCAACCCCGAUACCAAUCAUUACGGGUUCCCUCUUCCCAUCAUUCCAGUGAUGGAUACCUACAAGAAGGAAAUCAUUCGUAUCGACCGUCUUGCCACUGGUGGCACCGAGGAUGGCCUCAACUAUGGCACUGCUGGCAAAAACAUCCUUGAACAUUGUAAACCGGCUGAAUACGUCCCCGAGCUGCUGGAUACCCCUCUUCGCAAAGACCUGAAACCCUUGAACGUGAUACAACCCGAAGGACCGUCAUUCACUGUCAGUGAUGACUCUCUAAUCGAAUGGCAAAAAUGGAGGUUCCGAGUUGGAUUCACUCCUCGUGAAUGCGCCGUUCUUCACGAUAUCCACUACGACGGCCGAAGCGUUCUCUACCGAUUGAGCCUGUCCGAGAUGACUGUCCCGUACGGCGACCCUCGACCGCCGUUCCAACGGAAGCAAGCUUUCGACUUUGGGGACGCUGGUGCAGGCAGAGCUGCAAACAAUCUCGCACUGGGAUGUGACUGUCUGGGCGUCAUCAAAUAUAUUGACGCAAUGCUGGUUGACACGGAAGGCAAGCCCUCGGUAUCAAAGAACGUGGUGUGUGUCCAUGAACAAGACAACGGAAUUGGAUGGAAGCACACCAACUUCAGGACCAACCGAGCGGUGGUGACGAGGUUGAGAGAAUUGGUUGUUCAGUUCAUCAUUACACUGGCAAACUACGAAUACAUCUUUGCCUACAAGUUCGAUCAAGCUGGAGGCAUCACCAUCGAGACUCGAGCCACCGGAAUCGUCUCAGUGGUCAACAUCGACCCAGGAAAGGUCAGCCCUUAUGGUAACGUUGUGUCGCCGGGCGCCCUUGCCCAAAACCACCAGCACAUUUUUGCCGUCCGAAUCGACCCGGCCAUUGAUGGCCACGCCAACACCAUUCUCACGGAAGAAUCCCUGCCGAUUCCCAUGAACCCCAAGACGAAUCCUCAUGGUAACGGAUACGAGAUCGUCCGCAAGCCGGUCACCAAGUCAACCUCCAUUCACGCUUCUCCUUUCACCAAUCUGACCAUCAAAAUGACCAACCCGAACAAAGUCAAUCCCGUCUCCCAACGACCAGUCUCAUACAAAUUCAUUCCCACCCCAUCCCAAUUGAUUCUUGCGGACCCAGAGUCCAUCGUCGCCAAGCGCGCGGCGUACGCGCAUCACCACGUGUGGGUCACCAGAUACCGGGACAAUGAGCUGUUUGCAGCCGGAGAGUUCACGAACCAGUCGCAGUUAGAGGUGGGCGGCGUGGCAGAUAUGGCAGCGCGAAAUGACGACGUGGAGAAUGAAGACGUCGUCGUCUGGAACGUCUUUGGUCUAACCCACAACCCCCGCGUGGAGGACUGGCCCGUGAUGCCCGUGGAAAUCCACCAGGUUCAUCUGCGUCCGGCAGACUUCUUCGAGAGAAACCCUGCCCUCGACGUACCUGGCAACAAGAAUAUCGCCAGCGUCGAGGUUGGAAGAGAGACGAACGGUGAAUGCUGCCAUGCGAAUGGGGAUGGGUUAGUACAGGCUGCUCCCACUUCGCAUCUACAAGGUACUGGGAGCACGCCGGUCACGGCAGUCAAUGGACAUUAG